AUGGCUCCUGCAGGUCUCCCAGCCUCCCUUCCUCUGUGUGUGUGUCUGCUGCUGGCCUCUGGCUUUGCCCAGGCAGGCAGGCUGCUGGUGGUGCCCAUGGAUGGGAGCCACUGGUUCACCAUGCGGUCGGUUGUGGAGAAGCUCCUCCACAACGGGCAUGAGGUGGUGGUAGUCAUGCCAGAGGUGAGUUGGCAACUGGAAAAAUCUCUGAAUUUUACUGUGAAGAUGUACUCAACUUCUCACACUCUGGAGGAUUUGGAUCGAGAAUUCAAGGUUUUUAGUGGUUCUCGGUGGAGACCUUGGGAAGAAAACCUCUUAUCUUUAUUUCACAACACAAACAGCAAGUAUUUCCAAUUAAUAUUUUCACAGUGUAGGAGUUUGUUUAACGACAAGAAGUUAGUGGAGUACUUGAAGCAGAGUUCUUUCGAUGCUGUGUUUCUGGAUCCUUUCGAUGUGUGCGGCUUGACUGUUGCCAAGUACUUGUCGCUCCCAUCAGUGAUCUUCACUAGAGGGGUAUUUUGUUAUUUUCUUGACGAUGGUGCCCAGUGCCCCAGUCCUCUUUCUUAUGUUCCCAGAAGUCUCUUCAGACUCACAGACAACAUGACUUUCAAGGAGAGAGUGUGGAACCAUCUUGUCUAUAUGGCGGAGCAUUUAAUUUGCCCCUAUGUUUACAAAACUGCCAUAGAAAUUGCCUCUGAAGUUCUCCAGACCUCAGUGACUAUGUAUGACCUCUUCAGUCAAGUGUCCAUUUGGCUGUUACGCACUGACUUUGUGUUGGAGUUCCCCAGACCUGUGAUGCCCAAUAUGGUCUUCAUUGGCGGGAUCAACUGCCAUCAGGGAAAGCCUGUGCCGCUGCUUCAGUUCCUGCUGCUUAUGUCCAUGGGCAGAGAGACCCAUUGGAAUUUCCUCUUUUGUGACUUCCAUAUGCACAGUUGUCAAUUAUUUUUAAUAAAGUUAACUAUUUAUAUCAUCAUUGAAAGAACUGGUUUUGUUGUGGCAUUUUCUCAUGUGUCAUUAAGACCUUUUCUGAUUGAUCCCCCACCUUCAUUUUGCCUGUAUUCUAAGAACCCAAGAGAAGAUGAAUGUAAAGAUAAUAGAUUGGUUUAUUUGCUUCGGAGAGAAAAUAUCAAGGUAGAAUGA